AUGGAGAUUGGGGAUUCUCUGACCGACGUCGCUCUUGAAGGGCCCAGGGAUAUGGGCGUUGCGUGCGACAGCUUCUCCAACUUGGAGCUUAAUUGGUAUCUGCGUGCCGCCGACGUAGUCGAUGUCUACAUGGUUGACGAUACCGCUGAUAAACAAGACAAUGUGGAAGACUUGGAUGAGGGCCUCGCGGGCUAG